CAACUCAUUUGCCAUUCGAAUGAGAACGCGUUAAGAAGUCGUUGGAAGCGCGCGAGUGUUUUAAGCGAAAUAAAGAAAUAACUGACUUUCCACGUAUUUAAAUGUGAUGCACAGAUUGCAAUUUAACAACAGCCACAAUAUCAAAUAUGCCGCUCAGCCUAUUUGCAUUGCUUGUGGCGAUGCUUUUUGCAUCUGCCGAUGCUGCUACACGUCGCAUUAUUCCCGAGAAGAAUCGCUCGAAUUGUUUUCUGGCCAGCCUAGGUGUCAAACCCCAUCCUUACCACGCGAGGCUGAUCAACACACACGAUAGUCCGCUGUACACGAAUAUAGAUCGCGAUCUGCGGCAAAUUCUGCUCAACACUCGUGGCACAACUCUGAAUUGGGCGCUGCAGAAUAUCGAAUCGCUCCAUGCCCUAAAUGUAAGAGAGGGAAAAAUGCAAACAGUGAUUCCUAGUCGAGUGCCAUUUCCGUGUCCAUUGAAUAACACACGAUCAGCCAUAACGCCCACAUCGAUUGAAAGACUGCGUCCAGGAGAUAUCGAUGUGAUUGCCGCCAUUGGUGAUUCACUCUCAGCUGGCAAUGGGAUAAUAUCGAAGAAUGCCUUCGACAUGCUGAACGAAUUUCGUGGACUUGCCUUCUCGGGAGGCGGUCUCGAAGAUUGGCGCACCUUCUUGACUCUGCCCAAUAUACUGAAGGUAUUCAAUCCUCAGCUCUAUGGCUAUGCGACGGGCAACAGUUUGGUAGUGGAUCACCGCACCUCGCAUCUGAGCAUCGCGGAGCCCAUGAUCAUGUCACGCGAUCUCUUCUAUCAGGCGCGAGUGCUCAUCGAUCUGCUGCAACGUGAUCCACAUGUGGAUAUGCAGCGACAUUGGAAACUCGUCACCGUCUUUGUGGGCAACAACGAUCUCUGCUCGGACAUUUGCUUUUGGAGGGAUCCGCUGUUGGCGGUCGAUCAACACGAACGUGAUUUGCUCAAAGCGUUUCGCUUGCUGCGCGACAAUGUGCCACGGCUGCUCAUCAAUCUGAUUGUUGUGCCCAACAUUCAGCAGAGUAUGCGUCACAUCUCGGGAGUUCCCACGCAGUGCUUCAUAGUGCAUCGCAUCGCCUGCAAUUGCCUGAUGAGCGAUCGCAUCACAGCGGCUCAACGAAAGCAACGUCAGGAGACAAUUCAACGCUGGCAACAAGUGGAUUUAGCUGUUGCUCGUCUGUCUGAAUUUCAGCGCAAGGAUUUCGCAAUCAUUGCUCAUCCCAUUGUCAGCAAUAUGACGACACCUCUGAUGCCCGAUGGCAGCACAGAUUGGCGUCUGUUCUCCCACGAUUGCUUUCACUUUAGUCAACGCACCCACGCAAUGGUAUCGAAUCAGCUGUGGAACAGCAUGCUUCUGCCGGAUGAGUUAAAGCCAAGACCGAAUGUUUUUCCUAAACCCUUUCAGCAGUUUCGUUGUCCCACCGAAGAGCAGCCUUUUCUUGUGGUUCGUCCCAGCUGAGCUGUAGAAUUAGUAUUAUUUAAUCAUAUGUUUCGAAGGUGCUUUAUUGUGAUUUAUGCUUUUCUGCUUGCCAGAAAAUAGAACAAUUAAAUACAUGUUACCUAUUAGCUUUCUUAGGAGUUGAGUUCUGUAAAAAAAAAAAACAUACAUGCUUCAGAAAGUAAUUAUUGUAAAUUAUAAAUCGAUGUAAUUAGUAAUAAUAGGAAGAUCUUAUAUUAAUAAAAAUAAUUCAAUAAAUAAUACAAGUAAGAAAGUCACAUGUCGUGUGGUCUUGACUAUCCAUUUUUAAUAAAAUUCUCAA